AUGCUAGAAAUGGAGAAGAAACAACUUACCUGGAAGCUGAGUGCAGUCUACAGGGUCCAGCCAGGUCGGCUCUGGAUCUCCUUCAGCCUCCUCAUCCUCCUCCUGGUCACCCUGCAAGUCGUGGAGAAGCUGCAGCCUUCCAGGAACUGCCAGUGUGAGGUGGAGCGUGACCUGCAGCAGAGCACGGGCCAGGGGCUCAACUCUGGCCUCCAGACACCUGACCUGCUCUGGGAGGACAAUUCCCUGCAGUGGCAAAGGAAAGCUGUGCCAGACCCCACUUCGACUGAGGACCUGCAUGUCAGCUGGGAGACCUCACUGGAAAGCAGCCCAGGCAGCCCAGAGGAGCAUGAGACACGGCAGCCUGUGGAGAGCAGUAAGAAGGUGGAAGCUCAUCUAUUGCCCACGAGGCUGAAACCCCAGCUCCCUGUCCUGAGAAAAGCAGCCAGGGAAAGUCCUUCUCCAAGCCUUCCUGGCAGGAUCACCACAGUUUUGGCAGAAGCUGUCACCAGGAAUUUCAUUGUCUUUGCAAACAGACUGAGCACUAAGGAGAACGGGCAAACGUCACCAGCCAGAAUGACACAGGUGGAGGUACAGAACCAGUCUCAGCCUCAAGCUGUGGCUUCCCCCAGCCAUCAGAGGAGCAGUUCACUGACAGAUCCCGUCCCAAACUCAGCUCAGCCCCUGCAGGCAGAGGACUCUUACGAAACACGCCCAGAGACAGGAUUUUUCCCAAACUGGACAGCAGCCUCUAUGGUCGAGGAGGGGACAAAUGGAGGGGGUCGGCAGGCCAGAGGAGUCGCCCCUCAAGGGAAGGCGUGUGAGCCCCAGACUGACAUUGUUUUCCUCAAGGUGCACAAGAGUGCCAGCAGCACCGUCAUGAACGUCCUCUUCCGCUUCGGCGAGACCCACAACCUCACCUUCGCCUUCCCCCUCGGCGGGGGCUUCCAGCUCUUCUACCCCCGACACUUCAUGGCGAGGUUCGUGCAGGGCUUCUCCCCCAGGAGCCCCCGGCGGUUCAACAUCCUCUGCCACCACAUGCGAUUCCUGCAGCCGGAGGUGCGGAAAGUGGUGCCCAGCUCUGCCACCUACUUCUCCAUCCUGAGGAACCCCGUGCAGCUCAUGGAGUCCUCCUUCACGUACUACAAGGGCGCGUCGGCCUUCUCCCGCGUGCGCAGCCUGGAGGAGUUCCUGAGCCAGCCACACCUCUACUACGACCCCGCCAGGGGCGACAGCAACUACGCCAAGAACCUCAUGACCUUCGAUUUUGGCUUCAACCCCAAUGCAGAGGUGUCUGCUGAGCGGGUGCAACUCAUGGUAAAGGCCAUCGAGGCGUCCUUCGACUUCAUCCUCAUCUCCGAGUACUUCGACGAGUCCAUGGUGCUCCUGAAGGAGAUGCUGUGCUGGGACCUGGACAGCGUCGUCUCCUUCCCACUCAACACCAGGGACAGCAGUACCAAGUCCUCCCUCUCGGGCAGCAUCGUGGAGAAGAUAAAGGAGUGGAACAGGCUGGACUGGGAAAUCUACACUCACUUCAACAGGACCUUCUGGGAAAGGAUCGACCGGGACAUCGGCCGGGAGCGCAUGGAGCGGGAAGUGAAGGCGCUCCGGGAGCGGCAGGCGGAGCUGGCAAGGACCUGCCUGCAGGGCACGGGCAGCGUGGCCCCGAAGGACAUCAAGGACUCUUCCCUGAAGCCACUGCAGCACGGGGGUGCCAGGAUCCUGGGCUAUAACCUCAAGCAGGGCUUGGAUAAGGAGACGGAGCACAUGUGCCGGCGCCUGGUGACCCCGGAGCUGCAGUACAGCAGCGCUCUCUACAAGAAGCAGUUCCCCCCAGAGCCCCCCGAGACCCCCCAGCCCACUCCCUCUGGGCAAGGCAGUGCCCCACAGCACCGGCUGGAGGGCACCCAACACUGA